AUGUCUUGUACCACAUCCUCCCCUCAAUGGAUUGAUACCCAUAUUCAUGUUAUUACCAAGAGCUAUCAAGCAGCAAUCGAUGCAGCCGGUGGUGACCCUUCUGGUUAUCCAAUGCCAACAUGGACUGAAGCAGCAUGCCUUGAAUUCAUGGAGAGUGUGAAAAUACAGCGAGCCAUCUUGUCAGUGACAGCACCAGGGCCAUCCAUUGCCGGGAAUGGUGCCGAAGGACGCGAACUUGCACGCAAGAUCAAUAAUGAAGUAGCCGAUAUUGUUCAACAAUACCCUGAACGCAUGUCUUACUUUGCAUCGACACCUGAUUGGACGGAUGUACAAGGCACUUUGGAUGAGCUCUAUCAUAUCUUUAAUCAUGAUACUCCUGCUUUAGGCGUUGUUGUCAUGACAAGUUAUGGAAAACGACUUUUGGGUGAUCCCAUGUUUGAGCCUAUAUGGAAAAAGUUGAAUACCUACAAGGCGAUUGUGUUUAUCCAUCCAUCGGCUGUGGCGAUUGAGCCUCAAUUUGUAUCAAACAAUUUGCCACAACCGAUCAUUGAUUAUCCUCAUGCCACGACACGUACAGCAGUGGAUCUUUUAUUCAGUGGACGAUUCAAUGCAUGUCCUGAUGUGGAUGUGAUCUUAUCCCAUGCUGGUGGUGAAUUACCUUUUCUUGCAGAACGUGCAUUGAUGAUUGUGCGCCAAGGUCCUUUCAAGGCUGGCUAUGAUGGUUGUGAACCUGUGGAUUGUGAACAAGUCGUACGUAACAUGCAUCGGUUUUAUAUGGACACGGCGCUUUCUGGAUCAUCACCCCAACUCGAAGCAUUGCUUGCUUUUGGAUGCCAAGACCGUAUCUUGUAUGGCUCCGAUUUCCCAUACGCACCUGUACCCACAUCCAAGCUGAAUAACUCAAUGCUACUUGAAUUUGUCAAUAAGCAUGGCAAGCGUGCUGACCCCGUGAGUCCAGCUACAUUAAGAAGAAAUGCCAUCCACCUCUUUAAAAAGCAUGGCGUGGAUUUGGAAUAA